CAUGGGUGUGUGGGAUUUGGCUAACCCAGACAAGCCAGGACCGUAAUCAAGCACUCAACUAUCGUUGUCUACCCCAUACCCCACACGCGAGGCAGUUCGUGUCAGCUCCUGGGGUCCCGGGUGCCGAUAUAAGACAGGAUUUGUCGCGUCGGUAUCGUCCUGUUUGCGCCGCUUUGAAGGGUUACCGUUCGGAGCUUGAGCCUCUGUCUUCUACUCUUUCGCUCGCCCGUCAUACUGUACUUUGUCCAGUCUGAGUCGCCUUCUGGGUUUCACAACCACAGGCGAUAUGGGCCUCCUCUCCAUGAAAGAAGACCGGCCCACGCCGGCAGCCGUGUAUAACUGGCGCAUCUACGCGUGCGCAAUCAUUGCCUCGUUCGCGUCGUGCAUGAUCGGGUACGACUCAGCCUUCAUCGGCACCACGCUCUCGCUGCCGUCCUUUGUUGACGAGUUCCGACUCGACGAGCUCGCAUCCUCGGAGCUGGCUCUCGUCUCGGCUAACAUCGUCUCCGUCUAUCAAGCUGGCGCCUUCUUUGGCAGUCUCUUCGCGUAUGUCAGCAGUUACUUUCUGGGCCGUCGCCGGUCUCUGCUCGUCUUCGCCACCGUUUUCAUUCUCGGUGCCGGCCUGAUGCUGGGCGCCAAUCGGCAGCGUGGUCUGGGACUUAUCCUGGGCGGAAGGGUACUCGCAGGCAUUGGUGUCGGCGGUGCGUCCAACAUGGUGCCUAUCUACAUCUCGGAGCUCGCCCCUCCUGCUAUUCGAGGCCGUCUGGUGGGCAUCUACGAGCUUGGCUGGCAGCUCGGUGGCCUAGUGGGGUUUUGGAUCAAUUACGGCGUCAACACGACCCUGGCCCCUAGCCACAGUCAAUGGCUGAUCCCCUUUGCCGUCCAGCUCAUUCCCGCCGGUCUGCUCCUCUUCGGCGCCCUGUGGAUCCGGGAGUCGCCCCGUUGGCUCUUCUCCAAGGGCCGUCGCGAUCAGGCUAUUGAGAACCUGUGCUGGAUCCGCAACCUGCCCGUCACGGAUAUUUAUUUGGUCGAAGAGAUCAAGUACGUUGACGAGGAGCUGGAGCGGUACCGCAUCGAGGUCGGCGCCGGCUUCUGGAAGCCUUUCGGCUCGUUGAAGAACAAGACGGUGCAGUGGCGCUUCUUCCUGGGCGCCAUGCUGUUCUUAUGGCAGAAUGGGUCGGGUAUUAAUGCCAUCAACUAUUAUUCGCCCACUGUGUUCAAGAGCAUCGGUAUCACGGGCACCAAUACCGGUUUCCUGACCACUGGCAUCUUCGGCGUCGUCAAGACUGUGGUCACCUUCGUAUGGCUGCUGUAUCUCAUUGACCGCGUGGGAAGACGUAACUUGCUCAUCGUGGGCGGCCUGGGCGGAUCCAUGUGUAUGUGGUUCAUCGGCGCCUACAUCAAGGUUGCCGACGCGACCAAGCCCGCUACUGGCGGCGGAGGUGGGUUGUCAUCGGGCGGCAUCGCGGCCAUAUUCAUGUUUUAUCUCUGGACCACGUUUUACACGCCUAGCUGGAACGGAACGCCCUGGGUCAUCAACUCGGAGAUGUUUGAUCAAAACACGAGAUCCCUAGGCCAAGCCUCGGCUGCCGCCAACAACUGGUUCUGGAAUUUCAUCAUCAGUCGUUUCACGCCGCAAAUGUUCUUGACCAUGUCAUACGGCGUCUACUUUUUCUUUGCCUCGCUCAUGCUGCUCUCGGUCGCCUUCGUCUGGUGCCUGAUCCCCGAGACCAAAACCAUUCCUCUAGAAGCUAUGGACAGGCUGUUCGUUAUGCGGCCAGUGCGCAAGGCAAAUGCCCUUGUCAUGGAGGAACUGAAGCUGCAAGACGAGGAGUUCAGGCAUACUCUUGGAAGCGGCAAUAUAAGCGACAAAAGGGGAAGUCGAGACCAAGGAGAGACUUUCAGUGUAAGUCUGGAAAAGGGGAGUUUCAUGUCUUGAAGUUAUCCUUGGAAAGGGCAAUAUAUACCAAUGAAGUUUGAGUAUCGUGAAACAUUCCCGAGUUGCGCGAUACAGCCAGUGUAUUAGUGAACUCGCUUAGAUUGAACUAUCUGAGGUCGGCGGCAACUUGGGUGGGACAUAGCACCGAUGACGGCAUGCAUCGAUAUGUCAUCGCUUUCUAAUUGCGGCAUGAAGUUAAGUGACGAAGUGGGCAAGAAUAGGUGUCUGUCUUGAACCAAAUCAACGAGAGGCAAGCCUGAGAUAGAAGCGGGGAUUAAUUCAAGUGUGGUCUCAUCGAGAGGCUCUGAAGUUGAGACAACGAGAAUCGUUUCUCUAGCCUUGUGUAUUGUAACAUGAAACCUAAGCACAGACCUAAACGCCCCAAAUGCACUUCAUACCACCACCAUACACUUGAUUAAUUAUCAUAGCGAAGCACUCACUCUGCCCUCAAGCGGCAGCCUCCUUAACUGCUGCUGCAUCGCAGGCUCCUCGUC